UCGGAAGAUUGAAACGAUAACAUAUUUUUACAAAAUGGACACAUUCAAAAGAUUUGUUGUGAUAUUGGUGACGCUAUUUUGUUUAGCUCAGACAAUCUGUGGACACUUCGGGCCCGGUGGUUUUGGCGGCUUUGGUGGAUGGGGUGGUGGUUUUGGGGGGUUCUACAGACCCCCACCGCCUCCCCUAUUCUUCCCACCACCACCACCCCCGUUUUACCCGCCACCUCCGUAUAUCUUCUAUGGGUGAUGCGUUAAUUAAUGUAAUUGACAGAGUUUUAAGUGGUAUCAAGUUACUUGUAGUUAUUUUUAAGGUGUGUUUUAGUGACUCUAUUGUACAGUAUUCUCAAUAUUUCAAACUAUCAAUAUUGAAACUUAGUUCUUUUUAAGGUUUGUUUACUAAAUGGCUACUUAUUGUAAAGUUUUCUCAGUAUUUCAAAUUUUCUUAAUUAUUUUAAACUUUGAGUGAUUUAUGAAGUUCUAAAUUCAAUGGAGUUUGACGUUUUGAUGUAGGUUGAUGUUUGUAAUUUUCAAGUUAUUAAACUUGUAAGUUAAUA